CCCGUGUGGAAACCAUCGUCCGUGCGGGAGUGGCCGCUCGCCUGUCAUUCGUCGGAGGGACGCCGAGUGUGCUGCCGGGUUUUGUCGGGAAGCAGCGAGCCGCACGUCGGUCAAACAUCGCCCACACCGCCGGGUGCCUUUCUUGCUCCGCCGGGCUUUGCUUACCCUUCACGGGGGAAUAGGUUCGCUCGAACGACGCUACUUUAGCCUUCAAUACGCUGACCAAGUCUUUGCUGCCCCCUACUGACCAUGUGGAGCGUGUGCCUCAUGAUGCUGAUGAUGACGCUCGCCCCUUCCGUCCUUGGCUCGGGAGACGGCGACACCCUGCCACCCAGACCAGACUCAAACCUGGAGAUCUAUAAGCGUCUGUUCGAGACUAAGAGGAAGGAUCAGCUUAACGCACUCAAGAAUUUGGUGGAGCUGAAUGACAUCAACCAGCAAUACAAGAUCAUAGACAUCAUGCUCAAAGGCCUCUUCAAGGUGUUGGAGGACUCCAGACAAAUCCUGCUUUCAGCCAACUUGCAGCCCGAGGCUUCCUUCCCUCUGGAUGACAAAGUCAAAGAAGCUUACUCCCACGUGGUGGAGAACACGGCCUUCUUUGGCGACGUGGCGCUGCGCUUCCCGCGUAUCGUGCACCACUACUACGACAGGAACGCCGACUGGGGGGGGCUGCUGCGCUGGGGGCUGCACUUUUGUAACCAGACGGGAGUUUUCGCGGGAGGAGCCCACCAACAUGUACUCACGCUGAUGUCACAAGAGCUGGGAAUCACCCAGAAAUCUCCAGACUUCAUCAACCCUUACCGGACUGAAAGAGAUGAUGUGCUCCAUACGGCGGAGGCCUUCCAGAAGAUCCUCAGGGAGGAGGAGAAGAGGAGGAGGAAGGAGGAGAAGAGGAAAGAAAUCAGGAAAGGGCCUCGCAUCUCUCGCUCUCGCAACGAACUGUAACCACGCCAGCGGGAGGAGAGGGGAGGAGAGGAGAGACCGGGCGGGUCACAAGGUCGACUCUGGUGAGGAGGAGGGAAAUGGAAGCCGUCAUCGCUUUAUCAUCACAGGUGCAUUGUGGGAAAUCCAAAUGGAACAUCUCCACAUGACUGGAAGUUGUCAAAUGUUGCUGACAGAAGGUCAGAAUCACUGCAGGAAGGCAGGAGAAGUCUCUAAAAAGGAGUUUGGAUCAUUGAGGCUUGAGAUAUGUUGGCAUGAUGUACAACAUAGGAAACACAUGUUGGAAUGAUGUACAACAUGUUGGCAUGAUGUACAACAUAGGAAACACAUGUUGGAAUGAUGUACAACAUAGGAAACCACAUGUUGGAAUGAUGUACAACAUGGGUAACAACAUGUUGGAAUGAUGUACAACAUAGGAAACAUGUUAGAAUGAUGUACAACAUAGGAAACGUGUUCGAAUGAUGUACAACAUGGGUAACAUGUUGGAAUGAUGUACAACAUAGGAAACAUGUUAGAAUGAUGUACAACAUGGGUAACAACAUGUUGGAAUGAUGUACAACAUGGGUAACAUGUUGGAAUCAUGUACAACAUGGGUCAUAACAUGUUGGAAUCAUGUACAACAGGGGUCAUAACAUGUUGAAAUCAUGUACAACAGGGGUCAUAACAUGUUGGAAUGAUGUACAACAUAGGAAACAUGUUAGAAUGAUGUACAACAUGGGUAACAACAUGUUGGAAUGAUGUACAACAGGGGUCAUAACAUGUUGGAAUCAUGUACAACAGGGGUCAUAACAUGUUGGAAUCAUGUACAACAUGGGUCAUAACAUGUUGAAAUCAUGUACAACAGGGGUCAUAACAUGUUGGAAUGAUGUACAACAGGGGAAACAUGUUGGAAUGAUGUACAACAGGGGUAACAACAUGUUGGAAUGAUGUACAACAGGGGUAACAACAUGUUGGAAUGAUGUACAACAGGGGUCAUAACAUGUUGGAAUGAUGUACAACAGGGGUCAUAACAUGUUGGAAUGAUGUACAACAGGGGUCAUAACAUGUUGGAAUGAUGUACAACAUAGGAAACACAUGUUGGAAUGAUGUACAGCAUGGGUAACAACAUGUUGGAAUGAUGUACAACAUGGGUAACAACAUGUUGGAAUGAUGUACAACAUGGGUAACAUGUUGGAAUCAUGUACAACAGGGGUCAUAACAUGUUGGAAUCAUGUACAACAGGGGUCAUAACAUGUUGGAAUGAUGUACAACAGGGGUCAUAACAUGUUGGAAUGAUGUACAACAGGGGAAACAUGUUGGAAUGAUGUACAACAGGGGUAACAACAUGUUGGAAUGAUGUACAACAGGGGAAACAUGUUGGAAUGAUGUACAACGGGAAACAUGUUGGAAUGAUGUACAACAUGGGUAACAUUUUGGAAUGAUGUACAACAUGGGUAACAUGUUGGAAUCAUGUACAACAGGGGUAACAACAUGUUGGAAUGAUGUACAACAGGGGUAACAACAUGUUGGAAUGAUGUACAACAGGGGUAACAACAUGUUGGAAUGAUGUACAACGGGUAACAACGGCGUCUUCAAUCUGGUCUGCAAGACCUUCUGACUUUAAUAAGGAAUUUCACCACAAAGUGUUUUUCAAAUUAAAUUUAAAUAUAUGUCUGUUACGCAGAAUGUGUGAUCAAUGCUAGUGAAGUAUGUCAAUGACCAAGAAUUGCACAUUGUAAUGAAAUUAGCAAAGCAUUAAAUGACACGAUCCAAACAA